CCUUUGGAAUGGAUUCUACUUCUUUGUCUUGACCCUGGAUAUGGCCUAUUAUUUGGAUACCGGUUUCGGCGUUGGAGUACAACAGAACGCCCCCUUUUGACCAUCAUAAGUUCAGUACUAUCUGUGACCUUAUUUGCCCCGCCUUCUGUCACUGCACUUUUAAGCGAACCGUUUCCCCAGAUAUUAUCUGAAAGUCAUUCGAAUUGGCCUUGAGCGGUCACCGUUUUUGAUAGCAAUUCACAAAGUCCACAAGUGAUAUUACACCGAGGUGUUUCGCGGGGCCGUCACAGAUAACCAUACUGUUGCCGUAAAAGAGACUUCACUCGCCGUUUUGUUUUAUUUGGCAACGAUACCUGGACUCAGUCGGAGCUGUGUGUGCGGCUACGUCUACGUCUAGAGUCGGAAUGUUCCCGAUCCCAUGUAUAGUAAAGUCGAACAGCUAUAAAAGCUCCAGUCAAUAUUCGCACACACCUUAUUAAUUUGUGAUCGCAAGAUGUCUUCCACGAUCGCUACAGUUCGCCUAGUCCUGAUAGGCUGCCUGCUAGUGCCAGCAGUUGGCGCCAAAAUCGAAGGUGACGAGUCCACCUCGAGACGGUACAAGUUUUUGUACUACGGCCCCAUGGUGAACGGUAGUCACUACAGUAACAUGCGAGCGUCUGCCAAGGUGCUGGUACAACGGGGCCACAAAGUAGUGUAUCUGAUGAGCGAGUCGGGCUCAACAGGUGAAACCACAGACAGUGAAUUCUUCUCGUUCGUGGUCUUCAACUCGUCCUACUCGAGACAGAACCGAAUCGAUAUGUACCGGGACCUGACCAACGCCGUCAUGAAAAGACCCAUGGUCCACUUCUUCGACCCUCUCAUCGUCGGGAUCGAGGGGAACUUGACCGGCGAGUUCAGCCUGUUUGGAUCGUACGCCUACGAGUGCGACUACCUGUUGGGAGAUUCCGUGACCAUGAAGCGACUCCGUGCGGAGAGAUUCGACAUGGUUGUCGGGGAUGCCUUUGAUCACUGUACCCCGCUCAUAUCCCAGGCCUUGGACGUUCCGUUCGUCUCAUUUUCAUCUUUCUUUGCCGUUCCUACAAAACAUGGACACAUCUCCGGGCUUCCAAUCGAUCCGUCGUACAUGCCGGAGCGUCUCCUCGGCUUCACUGACAGAAUGACGUUCCUUCAGCGAGUCCAAAAUUACCUGGCGUACCAUUACGACGACUUCAUAUUCUCUCUAUCGUUUCACGAUUAUGACAAGUUGAAGAUCAAACACAAUAUCAGGCCGGAGCUCAGCACCUACGAGUCCAAAAAACAAGCCAGUCUCUUUCUGUUCCUCGGAAGCUUUGGCUUGGAGUUCGCCCGGCCCAUGCAACCCAACACAGUCUAUGUUCUGCAUUCAGCUGGGCUAGGUUCAAACCAAACGAUCGAAGCCGACGUUGCCGACUUCCUAGACACAGCCCCGAAUGGUGUGGUCCUCUUCUCGUUGGGCACCUAUGUCUACUUUCGGGAGCGUGAACGGGCCCAACUGUUCGUGGAUGGUUUCGCUAAGCUACCGCACCGAGUGCUCUGGCAGGCGAAAAGGGAUCUGCCCUCGGGGGUCGAGCUCAGCAAGAACAUUAAAAUCGUCAAGUGGUUACCGCUACCAACAAUCAUGGAACAUCCUAACGUCAUGGUUUACGUCAGCCAGGGCGGGGCGCCCUCUACCUAUGAGGCCAUGUGGGCUGGACUCCCCAUAGUAGGGAUACCAUUCUUUGAAGACCAGGCCGAUAACAUACUCCGCGUGGUGGACCGAGGUGCAGGGUUGUCGCUUGACUUCGCUUCGCUGACAUCAGACAUCCUCGCUGAAACCGUCAGCAAAGUUAUUACGGGUCCUAAAUUCCAGAGCAAUGCCCGGCGCGUCUCUCUGAUUCUACGGGACCUUCAGACCUCCUCUCCCCCGUUGGAGACGGCAGCUCACUGGAUCCUUCACGUCACCAAGUUCGGCGGUGAACACCUGCGACCGGCCGUCCAAGACCUGAAUUACAUCCAAAGGAAUCUUCUGGACGUCUACGUGUUCCUUUUUGCGAUAUUGGCCGUUAUUUUGGGAGCAAACGCUUACCUCUGCUUCUGUUGUUGCAAAUAUUUGUUUGCAAAGAAAAGCCACCCUAAAAUGGAGUAAAGUUGUGUUGUAGGGAUAGUUGGGCGUUAUGAAAAUUGAAAAUUUUCAAAAUGUUGUUCAUUAUUGAACUCAGUCAAUUAUUUAAUGAAACAAAAGGGGCAAUUGCAAUGCAUCUGUAAGUUUCAGUUGACCAAUUUUGGAUUUAUUUUAAGAUGAAGGUUGUAAUUGAGAAGCUUU